UAGUACUGUAGGGCGCACACACGUUGUUGAAGUGGGCUGCAUAAGAGUAACUCCGCAAACCCCGCCCUUCUGCCUGCACCUUGAAUUGGCAGCAAACUUCAGGCUUCCCAUAGCACGUGAGCAAGCCGUAUACAGUGCUCGAAGGUUAAAGUAAAGCUCGACGUCGCAAGGCAUGGCAUCGUAGCAGGAUGAGUGAAGCCGCAGACGUCAAGUCCGCCAAUGUGGACGUUGGUGCAGAACCCAAGCUCGCAAGCGAUCUAGCAGACCAAGCUCUCGACGGCACAGCGCAGACGAAUGAGGCCGCGGAAGUCCUUCGCGAUGGCGUGAACGAGGACGAAGAAGAUGCUGAGGCCGAGGAGGAGGACGAGGAGGAAGCACAUGCCGACGCCGCCGGUGGAGCAGAGGCAGAUGAUGUAGGCACCGCCGCCGGAGCAACAAAAGCGAGGAAGAAGCGGAAGUCCAAGAAGAAGAAGAAGAAAGCUGCAGAUCCUACGACGGCGGUGGCGGCGGCGGGUACGGAGCCGAAAGUACAACAUACAAGCGCGAUGCCGAAGCCGGUGCCUGCAAAUGAUAUACCUUCUCUGCUUCAACAACUAGCGCUCUCACAACCUUCGUCAGCUAGGAAGGAAGGUAAAGCGCCCGAAGACUACAAGUUUUGGAACACUCAACCCGUGCCCAAACUUACCGAGCGGCGGGAACCGAACCUGCUGCAGACCACGAAUGGUGCGGAUGCGGAUGGCAAGACGUUACCUGAAGGGGCGAUUCUACCUGACGAGGGUUGUAGGGCGAGUGUUAAGCCUGAGCCAGAGAGGUUGUUGGAGGGGUUUGAGUGGUGUCUGGUCGAUCUGGACAACACUGAGGAGCUGCAAGAACUUUAUGAGCUUCUGUACAAUCACUACGUCGAGGACACAGAUGGCUCCUUUCGCUUCAACUACAGCCCUCGCUUUCUUGCUUGGAGUCUCAAACCGCCGGGAUGGAGAAAGGAGUGGCAUAUCGGUGUGCGCACUAAAUCCGCGGAUGAUGGAAAGAAAGGUAAACUCAUCGCCUUCAUCGCUGGGAUUCCCGUGCGGUUAAAGAUUCGACAAAAGACGCUGGAGGCUAGUGAGAUCAACUUCCUAACCGUGCAUCGCAAACUCCGCUCUAAGCGCCUCGCGCCCGUGCUCAUUAAAGAAGUCACCCGCCGCUGCUACCAAAAUGGCAUCUACCAAGCCCUCUACACAGCCGGUACUCUACUUCCCACCCCAAUCUCUACGUGCAGAUACUUCCACCGGAGUCUAGACUGGGAACACCUUUACAAAACCGGCUUCUCGCAUCUGCCGCAGGGAACGACAGAGCUAAGGCAGAAGCUGCGGUACCGGCUCGAGUCCCAUACGGGAACUAAGGGGUUAAGGAGAAUGGAGAAGAGGGAUGUGAAGGGUGUAAGGGAGUUGUUGGGAAGGUAUCUGGAGCGUUUCGAUUUACGGCAGGAGUUCUCCGAGGAGGAGAUUGACCAUUGGUUGUGCUCACAUGCUAGUAAUGACGUGGUUUGGAGCUUUGUGGUGGAGCAGGAUGGCAAGUUGACCGACUUCUUCUCGUACUAUCUGCUCGAGUCGACUGUCCUGAAGUCGAACAAGAAAGAGACCAUCCGCGCCGCAUACCUUUAUUACUACGCUACCGAUGUCGCCUUGUCCUCCGCUUCCAAAACCAACUCCACCCAAUCCGCUGCACUCCAGCAAAAGCUGCAGGCCCGGUUACAACUCCUCAUCCAUGACGCACUCGUACUUGCGAACAAAGAGGGUUUCCACGUAUUCAAUGCGCUGACGUUACUUGACAACCCGCUAUUCCUGCGGGAUCAGAAGUUCGAGCCAGGAGAUGGGAAGCUCAACUUCUACCUUUUCAACUGGCGAACGGCACUCUUGCCUGGCGGAGUCGGGCCAGAUGGGAGGGAGGAUGUCAGUAAGAUGGGUGGCGUGGGUGUUGUGAUGCUGUAGAUCUGCAAGAAUAGGGUUGGUGUGCGGGGUGUAUGUACGAUAUAAAGAUGCAACAGAUCGCUUGUCCAAUGCCUGCUCGUAUUGUGUUGAUGGACGUUGUUGCAUGCAUACCGGGGUAUCAUAGAUCGACGCUGCAAACGCUUCGAUACGCGUAUCGCAGCCCUUUUGCUUCCGCUUAUCGCAGCAUGUGGACGUCCUUUCGCUGCUUGGCAUGGCUCCGUCGCA